AUGGAUGGUGAUGGCAUUCCUGAUUAUUUAGAUGAUGAUGCAGAUGGUGAUGGCAUUCCUGAUAAACAGGUUGAUUCAGAUGGUGAUGGCAUUCCAGAUUAUUUAGAUGAUGAUGAUGAUAAUGAUGGAAUCCCUGACAACAUGGAAGAUGAUGAAGGCUGUACAAAAAACAAGAGAUGUGGCAAAAUUGCAGUGAAGAGAAGGAAGAAGAAGAUUUCAGAUGGUGGAUCUACUACACUAUUUUCACGUGUAGCUAAAGUUCUGAAGAAAAUGAUUAUUGAAACUGAUGAAGAUGAACAAGAUGAAGAAAGUCCCAGUGAAAAAUACCAAGAGGACACCCAAGAUGUGCAUAAAAAACAACAGGCCCACAAGGAGGAAUAUGACUUAGUCAACAUUCUGAAAACAACAUUUUUCGGUGCUGAAGCAGACACGGAUGGUGAUGAUGACGAUGGUGAUGACAACCCAGGUACAAAUGGUGACAGCGAGUCUAAAAAAAAAGCCCAAAUUCCUAACCAGCAAAAACAAAAACAACCAGUAGUACACCAGACUCAACAGAAAAAAGUAGACAUUAAAAUGAAAAUAGCCCCUAAGACCAUUAAACCCAUUCCACAAGCAAAAAAGCCAGUGCAAGCAGCAAAACCUGUUCAACAAGCAGGGAGGAAGCCUGUCCAAAAACCUGUGGUGAGUAAGAAACCUCCAAGUGCUGCUAUUAAAAAACCGGUUGUGCCUGUUAAAAAUAUAAACAAAAAGUCUCCUACUCCUGCUCAAAAAACUGUUAAACCCCAAACAACUAAACAACAAGCAGUUGUUAAGCAAAAAGCUGUGAAUCAACCAACAGCUGCUAUUAAAAAACAACAAUCUGCACAAGCUAAACCUAAACAGCCAGUAGUACAACAGCAACAAAAAGUUAAACUAAAUAAAGUUCCCAUCCAGAAAGUCAAUAUCAAACAAGCACAACAACAGGCUCAAGCACAAAUAAAGAAAAGAAAAGUAGGACAGUAA